AUGGUUAGCGACGUAGCAACAGCUAGGGGCCUUAUAACGCGCUUCUGCAAACUGGGGCGUCUUGGCGCGCUCGCAAAGAAACAAAACAAACAGCUCGAUUCAGUGCAAGUUAUCAUUGAAAACCACUCCAGAAACGUCAACCUAGGCAAUCUGUGCCGCCUAGAAGGAGCGGUAGUAACGAUAGAAUCGAUAAAUUGCCAAGUGGACAAGGCGCUGGGUGACUUGUCUCUCUUAGCGGAGAAAGAGGAGAAGGUGGACCCAAGUGAAAUAGACCAAUAUGUGGGUUCGUGCGGAAGAAUCCUCGUUUCUGCUGUGGAAUACGUUGCGCUCUUACACAAGCUAAUUAUAGCGCGUCAACGCGGGCACCUGGCGAUAAGAACAGAAGCCUGGCAACGGCCACAUAAUCAAGAACACCAACAAGUCGAACUUCCACCGCUCCCUAUUCCCAAACUCACGGUUAUUUUACUGAACGCCCUCGAAGGGGAGGCUAAGGAGUCCGUGAAGAAGUUCCAAGUUACCCCUGAAAACUACUCCCAUGCAAUCAAGUUCCUUCACGCACGGUACGGCAAUCCAGAGGAAUUGAUCCAGAAACUCAUCGACAAACUUGACCAUUACAAAUUACGAAGACCAACGCACACUCUUCGAACAGGUGCAAGUAACAGUCCUGCAACUAAAGCAAAAGGGGAACACGUAGACAGUCAAGUCAUGGUCAAGAAAGUGUUGAGCAAAUUUCCUGCACAUAUCCAGAGGAGAGUGCUAGCGAAGAGACGUACACUUCCAUCGACUACUUCAUCCACAAUGGAAACGCUGUUCAACAUAAUCGAAGACGUCUUGUCCGAGGAAGAAAUGAUGAAUCUCUACAUGAUUGAACCAAUGUCCACGUCACAGAACACGUCCGCCAAAGACUUCGAAAGAAGGCCAAUGUUCAGGAGAGCCUCUGCACGUUCGGCGGAGGUGUACACAAGUCAUCUCGUUGCGAUGCAUAUAAGCCCCGAGAGGAAGGGCGAACAUAAGACAUUUGAAUGCAAACGUAAAAUUGUUUCCGAUGCGGAGGACCUCACCAGUCAUCAUACCACGUCAACAUCAAACAACGCCCAAGAAAUGAAGGAACAAGUUGUAGAUGCGAUACGAACGGACAAUAAGGUGAAGAAGCAAGUUAAGAGGAGUCAGAAGGUCAACGUAGUGGCCGAAGAAGGAAAGAUAAAGGGAGGCGAGUCACCCAUUCUUGAAAUCCAAGCAGCACAGGAAAUCUAG